AUGUUCUCAAAAUGUAGAACUGACGCGUUUAGGAAGAUGUCUAUGAAAUGUUUCGCCCUUAGUUAUAAUAUAAAAAAGGAAGAAAGAUUGUUGGAGAUGCACAAGUCCAAUUUCGUAGAAAACGGCACUAAUAUUAAUUUUCGUUCAUCAGUGAAGGCGAGCGAAGCAAACUCCACAGAAAGUCUGAAGUCCGGCUUUAGCCGGACGUUCAGACUGGUAUAUAAUAACGAGCUUACGAUAAUAGCUCAAAUCAAUUUGGGACAGUUUUCCCUGUUGCCGACUCCAGGAAAUGGAUGGAAUCUUGGCAUGAGCCAGGGUGCAAAUAUCUUCGGAUUCGGUGGACAUCGAGCACUAGGUAUCUCUGGCAACAACGGUGGAAUUGGAAUGAGUGGAACUGAUAACGUAAUCAUCGGCAACGAACGUGUAGGUCUCGAUUCCGGUCUUGGGAUAGGGCAAGGUCAAGGCCUCAAUCUUGGAAGUAUGCUUCAGUUUGGCAACAGUCCGAAUCCCAUGCAUCCAAGCGGUCAUAUGGGGAACUUUCUAGACAAUAUCAAGAAUUUCUUCGCUAGUUUGAUCCCACAACCUGCUCCCCCACCACCGCCACCAAUGCCACUGCCGCCUCGUCGACAUAGGCCAAGACCAACACAACAGCCACCUGGGGAAUUGUGGGAAAACACAUCGGAAGAACCGGAUGCAUGGGCACCAGAGAGGAUGACUAGCAGGUCACCGCUAGAAGUGGUACUGCCCUCACGGCCGCAUAGAAUAUCGACAGAAGGAGGUGUUGGUCCAGGCCGAGCGAUUGUUUUGAUCAACUUUAAAGACAUCACUCCACGAAUCUAA